AAAUUCUAAUUCAACAGCGAGAGAGAGAGAGAGAGAGAGAGAGUCACUGAGUCAGUGUAUAGGCUUCCUUCUUUGUCUAUGCUUCAAAUUCAAAGUUAGGGUGUGUUUGAGUUAGCACAGCGUGCGCUCUCAUCGACAACGAAAAGAUGUGGAAACUCGUAGGCAGAGAUUCCCAUUUGCUAAAGCUCAGACCCCAAAAUGCUAUUUCCAUUCCCACAACUCUCUCUCUCACUUCCAUGUGUGGUUUCUGCACAUUGCGAACCCAGGAUUCAGUACAAGAAAUCACCAACAUUCUCAGACACAGCAACUGGAAAUUCCUGCUGGAUUCGUCCUCCGAUGUGCUCGAGACGCUCAACCCAGAUGUGAUCCGCUCCGUCAUCCGCCAUAACCGUGACGCUGAUGCCAAGCGCCUCCUCAGCUUCUUCCUUUGGUCCGAAGACAAAAUUGGUACUUCACGGGAUUUGGAUGCUUUUUCGCUUCUUGCCGUUUCGCUUUGCAAUUCCAAGUUUUAUGGUCCUGGCUCUGAUAUUAUAUGUCGUAUGAUUAGCAUUUAUAAAUCUCCGUUUGAUAUUUUGGGUUCCAUUGGUAGGUGUUAUAGGGAGUUUGAUGGGUCUAAUUCUUUGGUUUUUGAGAUGUUGAUUGAUAGUUAUAGGAAAAUGGGUUUGUUGGUUGAAGCCAUCGAUGUGUUUUUGGGUCUGAAAGAUUUUGAAUUUGUGCCCACUUUAUUGUUCUGUAAUUUAUUGCUGAGGGACUUGUUGAAGACUAAUAGGAUGGAAUUGUUCUGGAAGGUUUUUGAUAGAAUGUCUGAGAUGGAGAUGAACUUUGAUGUUUAUACUUACUCUAAUUUAAUCAAUGCACAUUUGAAGACCGGGAAUGUUGAUGAAGCGCAAAGGGUCCUCUUGGAAAUGGGUGAAAAGAAUUGCCAUCCAAAUGUGGUUACUUACAAUCUGGUUAUUAAUGGUUUGUGUAGAGCAAGGCGUGUUGAUGAGGCAGUCGAGAUAAAAAGGUCAAUGAUUGAGGAGGGUUUGGUCCCUGACAAUUAUACUUAUGCGACUCUUGUUAAUGGGUAUUGUAUGGAAAAGAGAUUGACUGAUGCAGAAUUGGUAUUUUCGGAAAUGAUUGAUGCUGGGAUGAAGCCUGAUGUAGUUGCCUACAGUUCUUUGAUUGACGGGCUUAUAAAACAAGGAAAUCUAGAUGAGGCUUUUAGAAUUAAGAAUAAAAUGAUGAAUCAUGGUAUAGAGAUAGGUCUGAUAGUACAUAACACGCUUCUUACUGGGGUUUGUAAGGCUGGUAAGAUGGGGAAGGCCAGAGAAAUCAUCAGUGAGAUGAUUCGGAUGGGCACCGAACCUGAUUCAAGAACUUAUAACAUAUUGAUUGAGGGAUAUUGUAGGGACCGAGAUAUGGUUAGCGCUUUUGAAAUGCUUGAUGAGAUGAAGAAGAGAUGUUUGCCACCCACUAUCUUUACUUACAGUCCGAUAAUCAAUGGGCUAUGUCUUUCCAGAAAUAUUGGUCAGGCCAAUGCUGCUUUUGGGGAAGUGGUAAUGCAGGGACUAAAGCCAAAUGCUGUUAUCUACACUAAUCUUAUUUUAGCUCAUGCAAAGGAAGGUAAACUUGAAGAAGCAAGAAGGAUUUUUGAUAGGAUGAGCAAACAAGGGAUUUUACCAGAUGUGUUUUGCUACAACUCUCUAAUAAUUGGUCUCUGCAAAGGCCAUAAGAUGGAAGCCGCAAGGGCCUACUUGGAUGACAUGUUGGAGAUAGGAUUAAAGCCAAAUGCAUAUACUUUUGGAGCUUUUGUGCAUGGACAUAGUAAAGCAGGGGAGAUGCAGAUGGCUGACAGGUAUUUCAAUGAGAUGCUAGCUUAUGGUUUGGUGCCUAAUGAUAUUAUUUACACUGACUUGAUUUAUGGUCACUGCAAAGAAGGCAACUUAACAGAAGCCUUCUCAGCAUUUAGAUGUAUGCUUUCACGUGGUAUUCUUCCAGAUAUUCAGACUUAUAGUGUUCUUAUCAAUGGGCUCUCAAGGAAUGGGAAAAUGCAAGAAGCUCUAGGGAUCUUCUUUGAACUUUGUGAGAACAGCUUGCUUCCUGAUGUUUUUACUUACAAUGCUCUCAUCAGUGGGUUCUGUAAACAAGGUGAUACAGAGAAGGCUAUCCAGUUUUAUGACGAGAUGUGCAUAAAGGGCAUAACUCCUAAUAUUGUGACUUACAAUAUUUUAAUUGAUGGGCUCUGCAAGGCAGGUGAUGUUGACAAAGCUAAGAACUUGUUUCAUGGAAUCGUAGAAAAUGGUUUGACCCCCAACAGUGUGACAUAUGCUACAAUGAUAGAUGGUUCUUGCAAAUCAGGAGAUCUAGCUGAGGCAUUCCAAUUAUUGGAUGAGAUGCUAUUGAAGGGUGUCCCACCAGAUAGUUUUGUCUACAAUGCCCUUCUUGAUGGGUGUUGCAAAGUAGGAAAAUUGGAGAAAGCUCAGGAACUACUUGAAGAUAUGUUGCAGAAUGGCUUUGCCUCAAGAAUGUCUUUCAACACAUUGAUUGAUGGGCUCUGCAAAAAUAAAAAGCUGCAAGAAGCUAAGCGCCUGUUGGAAGAAAUGUUAGAAAGGCAGAUCUUGCCAGACCAUGUAACCUACACAACACUAAUUAAUCAGAGUUGCAAGGCUCGAAAUAUGGAGGAAGCCAAACAGCUCUUUUUGGAGAUGCAGGCAAGAAAUGUUACUCCAACCACCAUAACUUAUACAUCACUUCUGCAGGGUUACAACAUAACAGGAAAUUUAUCUGAAGUUUUUGCUUUGUUUGAAGAGAUGCUGGCUAAGGGGAUUGAACCUGAUAAAGUUACCUAUUCUGUGAUUAUUGAUGCUCUCUGUAAAGAAGAGAACAUAAUGGAAGCACUGAAGUUGAGGGAUGAGAUGUUGAAAAAGGGUAUUCCACUGAACUUAGGCACUUAUGAAAGUCUAAUACAAGCCCUAUGUGAUAAAGAAGAAUUUUUAGAAGCAUUGAAGUUGCUUAAUGAAAUGGGAUAUGGUGGGUUCAAACCAAGUCUUGCUACAUGUAGCAUCAUAGCUUCUGGGUUCCAAAGAGCCGGGAAUAUGGAUAAAGCUGCAGAGGUUUUGGAGCGUGUGAUGUGGUUUGGAUGGGUUUCAGACUCCACUAGCCUCUCUGACUUAAUUGAUGGAAACCAAAAGGAUGCAAAUUCUGAAAAUUCUGACAAUCUUGUUUGCACUGCUGAAAGACUCUGAUAAUGUCACUUGUGUUGCCGGAAGCACUUUCCUAAUUAGCAGUGCCCAUGAACGUUGCUUCUCUGUUUUUCUGCUUCAUGACUGUGGUCCAUGUUCUUUGGACAAAUAAUUGCCCCAAGGAUAAAUGAAUAUACAGGUGUUUACCCUUCACUGCUAUAUUCCUGGUGAUUGUUGCUUCCAGUAUUCUGCACUGUUGACCGUUGAUGUUUCCAGCCGAGUGGCAAUUCUAAGGCUUGUAAGAUUUGUAUCAACUGCAUAAUUCAGGAGAUAUCUCUUUGAAAAAAGGGAAAUUCUCCCUGUCUAAUGUCCAUUAUGUGCCCCACUAAAGCUCUUGAAAUUUCAACCUACACCAGCUAUCCUGUUAGUUUUAUUGUGGACUGCCAGUGGAGAAUCUCAACAGUCAACUCAGGGAAGUCAAUUUCAAAAUACCUGGAUUGAAUGCUUAACAACACAUUUACAUUUGUUUGAGCAUGUUAGAGCUGAAUGCAGUCGCAAGCUUUGUGAGGGUAACUGUCAGAUAAUCAUAUGCCUCAAAUUGCAUAUUUGGCAAUUGUUGGUAACCCUUUCACCCCUCCAACUUCCAUCGCUUUCAAGGCACAUUUUCUGUGUGUUUGGUACAAGGAUGGGCAAUGAAGAAUGAAGAGUUGAUCCUUGAUUGGUGUAGAAGCGUGGUGGAAGGUCCCGUGGCCAUGCAAAAACUUUCCUUCCAAAAUUGGAAUGAUUGGACCCUUUCUCCGAUCAUAAAGCCCCCUGAUCCCUUCCUUUGUCUUUCAUCCCCCCUGAACAGAAUAAGUAAGGCCCCGUUCUUUCUAAUUCAAAAAUGAAAAUAGAGGCGAAGCGCCCAAGUGGCGAAGGCCCCAAAGCAAAGUAAUAUAUAGAUGUAGUUUGUAUUUCAUUCUUUUAUUCUGCCAUUUUAUAUCAAAAACCAUAAGCCUUGCAUGCUCUGUAUCCUUUCUGUAGUCAUUGUACGUACUAGAUUACUCUUGAAUUAUUGCUUAAAUUUCAAUUUGAUUCUUCAGCGUUUACAAGUAAUA